AUGGUAAUUCUUACUUUGAUAGACGACGAAGGAGAAGAAUGCUGCGGAUACGAAGUAAGAAAUUGCUCCCAGAAAGGCCGUGGAGUUUUUGCAACUAAAGAAUAUGCCCCCGGAGACGUCAUUUUCGACGAGAUGCCAGCCGUGAUGGCUCCCCGAGAUCGCGAAGUUAGCUGUUUUCACUGCGCAAAACCAUUAGAAUCCAUCAACCAAGCAGCAAGUCGCCUUCAGCGGAAACGUAUAAAGAUCUUCGAAAUCAUUCCCAUGAACGAAACGCCCGAUGUCAUCGAGGACCAAGCAACUGAACUCAAGUUCUGCUCCACUAAGUGCUUCAAAGAAGCAAACGAUAACUAUUUGAAUGCGCUACGAGGAAAGUGGAAAGAGUACAAGUCCAUUGAAAACUGGAUUCGAGUCAACAAGGGACCUCCUCAUGAUCAGGCGACUUUACUGGCAAUAACGAAGAUGAUGUGCAUGAAACAGCAAAAGAGCAAACUCGUCGAGGACUUCGAAGACAUGACAUCAGAUCGACCACUCCCGAAUAUCGAAAAAUUUACGAAAGCAGUUCACACCCGAUUCAAGUCUCAAAACGUCUUUCUUGAAAACUCCCAUUAUGAUCUUCUGAAAUACGCUGAAAUCUGUGGAGCUAACUUUCAACUGGGAACGACGUCUGCAAUCGCGCCCUGGAUCAAAAGACUGAAGGAUAUCAAGUGCCUCGAACGAAUUCAGCACGCGAAACUAUUGAAGGACUUCAAAGACUUUGACGCAAGGGCAAAAAAGAAAUACCAGGAGUAUCUUCGUAAUACCGGGGCCCAACCAACUCAGAGUGCUGCUCCUCAUAUUGCCUCUGAAUUCCGUGCUCUUUAUGCUAUGCAUUCGAAGAUUAAUCACAGCUGCUCUCCAAACGUAAAAGUAAAGAUGCUCGAAAACUCGUCAAAAGUAGCAAUCAUCGCUUUGACUCCGAUUUCCCUCGAAGAUGAGCUUUGCCACGGGCUGAAAUUGAUAGAAAAAGCUUUAUCCUUGUCGUGA